AUGAUAGGACCUCCUAUUAUAGUUCCACAAGAUGUCCUUGAUGAAUUUAUGCCAUAUGUCCGUGUUAGUGACUUAAUCAGCACGCUCACCAUUGAUAAUAUUGAUGAAAUCUUUAAUCAAGUUUUAGAAGAACACAUGGGUGACACAGAAAUAGGAAUUAAUGCAAUAGUAAUGCUUGUUUACAUCAGAAAUAUUAAAUAUUCUCUUCAAUUUCUUAAAAGAUUGUUCGAAUUAUGUCAAAUACAUGCAUCACCUCAAAACUAUUUCGGCGAUUUCAAAAUUAAGUUUAUUGAACAUCUACUAAGAAGUACAUCAAACUAUCUUUACUUUCGAAAUACAAAAGAUUUUAGAUUUCUUCGAUUAUUAACAGAUAACGGCUCAAUUGAUUUUGUCGAGUAUGAAUCCCAACUAUAUCAAUUCACAAAGACCCAUAAAGACUUGCCUAAUGUAAUUUUAACUCUUUCAGUAUAUUUUGACAAAUAUAUCAAAAACGAACCAGAAUUUUAUGCAAAGCUUCAAAAAUACGUCGCCCGAGCAAAAGUUUCUGAUAAAGUAGCAAAGAAAUUCCCACAACUUUACGAUAAAGUUAUGAAUUCAGAAGAAUUAUUUAAUCAAUACUUAGAACACGGUUGUGAAGUUGGAUCUCUUGAAUACAUUCUUAAAAAUGACGAUAUUGAUGCUUUUAUGCUUUACAAAAAUUCUGUUUUCAAUAUUAAUAAAAUUAUUAAACGGAAUUACUUAGACUUUCCAUCAACAAUACGUCAAGAGCCAAGUAUUAUUCAAUAUGCAGUUUAUUACGGUUCCGUGAAAAUUUUUAAGUAUUUAAUUGUUCAAAAUCCAAAAUUAGACUACAAAGACAAAUGGGACCAUUAUUUGCAGUAUUUUGCAGUUACAUCAGGUAAUAUAGAGUUAGUCAGACUCGUACAGCAGCAAAAUCUAAAAUUUGAAGGAUAUUUGAAAAUUGCAGCUCAAUAUUCUAAAAAAGACAUAUUUAACUGGAUCUUAGAGACACAAAUACAAUCAGAAGAUCGUCUGAAGAUCGAAAUGAUCAAUACAUUGUGUUAUUCAUGUUCUUCUGUACAACCAAACACAAUUUUGUGGUGUUUACAAAACGGUUGUGACACAAAUUCAAUUGAUUCAGGCGGAUACGGUCCAUUACAAAGCGCCGUGAUAUCUAAUGUGCAAGCCAUACUUAUUUUCAUUUCUAAGAUCCCUACGACACAGAUUGACAGAAAAGAUUCGAAUGGAGAAACUGCACUUCACAUGGCAAUAAAAUACGGAGACACGGCCAUGGCAAAAUAUUUAUUAGAACACGGCGCUGAUCCGAAUUUGGUGGAUAACAAUGGGUAUAACUCGGUAAGAAAAGCACUUGAGUUUAAACAGACAGAGAAUUUGAAAUUGUUAGUUAACUACGAAAAUAUUGACAUUGGAAAUCCAGAUCUUUUGAUACAACAUGCUGUUUUUGGACAUAAUAUGUUUUGUAUGGAAUUUAUUUUAGAACAUCCAUCAAUUUUCAAUGUAAAUAAGAAUGUUGUUGAUUUCUCAAUGCCGCCAAUAAUCAUGUUCGCUAGAAGUGAUAAAUAUAAACUUAUUAAGUUAAUGUUGAAAUACGACCACGUUGAUAAAAACGCUAGAGAUAACUUGUUCAAUAUGAAUUUCUUCCAAAAUGCAAUUGAAACUAAAAGUUACAACACAAUAAGAUUGGCUGUACAGACAGAUGGUGUUGACUAUUAUACACCAACAAGAUUUGGAAAUACUUUGAAAGACUUAGUUGGUGAUGAUGAAACUAUAAAAGAAAUUCUGCGCCAAGCUAAUAUUAAUUUGGAAAUACUUUGA